UGAACUGUGGAGUUUGCAGCAGCAGCAGCAGGAACAGAAUCCACUAGAAAACAAUAAACGGCAAACAAAAUCCUCAUUUUUAUCAGGACUUUUAGAACCCCUUAGUGGUCUCUUUUGUCACUAUGGAUUCUGAAUUACUUAGCAUAUUACCCCCUAUCAUGUCCUUUUUCCUCUUCAUGAUUGUGGCACUAAAAAUAGGGAGCAAUCUCAAGAAAACUGAGUCAUCUCCAAACAUACCCCCAGGACCAUGGAAGCUACCAAUCAUAGGAAACAUACAUCAUCUUGUUACAUCUGCACCACACCGAAAAUUGCGAGACUUGGCCAAAAUGUAUGGACCCUUGAUGCAUCUUCAACUUGGGGAGGUCUUCACAAUCAUUGUUUCCUCACCAGAAUAUGCUAAGGAGAUAAUGAAGACCCAUGAUGUCAUCUUUGCAUCAAGGCCUAAAAUUCUAGCAUCAGAUAUAUUGUGCUAUGAAUCCACAAAUAUUGUCUUUUCACCGUAUGGAAAUUACUGGAGACAGCUACGGAAAAUAUGCACACUGGAGCUUUUCACCCAAAAACGUGUCAACUCAUUCCAACCAACAAGAGAAAAAGAGCUCACCAAUCUCGUUAAAAUGGUUGAUUCACAUAAAGGGUCGCCCAUGAACUUCACUGAAGCAGUACUUUUAUCAAUAUAUAAUAUCAUUUCAAGAGCUGCGUUUGGCAUGGAAUGCAAAGACCAAGAAGAAUUCAUAUCAGUGGUAAAAGAAGCUGUAACAAUUGGGUCAGGUUUUAACAUAGGAGAUUUGUUUCCUUCUGCAAAAUGGCUUCAACUUGUUACUGGUCUGAGGCCUAAGCUUGAAAGGCUGCAUAGACAAAUUGACCGGAUACUGGAAGGCAUCAUCAAUGAACACAAACAGGCAAAUUCAAAAGGCUACAGUGAAGCGAAGGAAGAUUUGGUGGAUGUUCUCCUAAAAUUCCAGGAUGGUAAUGAUAGUAACCAGGACAUUUGUCUAUCUAUUAACAAUAUCAAGGCUAUAAUCCUGGACAUUUUUUCUGCUGGAGGUGAUACAGCAGCUUCUACCAUAAAUUGGGCAAUGGCAGAGAUGAUAAGGGAUUCAAGAGUAAUGGAGAAAGUACAAAUCGAGGUGAGAGAGGUAUUCAAUAUGAAAGGAAGGGUUGACGAAAUUUGCAUCGAUGAGCUGAAAUAUUUAAAAUCAGUUGUCAAAGAGACACUAAGGUUACACCCACCAGCUCCACUUUUACUUCCAAGAGAAUGUGGACAGGCAUGUGAGAUUAAUGGGUAUCAUAUACCAGUCAAAAGUAAGGUAAUUGUGAAUGCUUGGGCAAUUGGAAGAGAUCCAAAGUACUGGAGUGAAGCAGAGAGGUUUUAUCCAGAGAGAUUCAUUGAUAGCUCUAUUGACUACAAAGGGACUAAUUUUGAGUACAUUCCAUUUGGUGCUGGAAGAAGAAUAUGCCCUGGCAGCACUUUUGGUUUGAUCAAUGUUGAGGUGGCACUUGCAUUUUUGUUGUAUCACUUUGAUUGGAAGCUUCCAAACGGAAUGAAAAGUGAGGACUUGGACAUGACUGAGCAAUUUGGAGUGACAGUUAGAAGAAAAAAUGACCUAUACUUGAUACCGGUCCCUUCUAAUCCUUUCCAGGUAAGAUAAACUGGUAAAGCCUACAAGAAAAGGCUAGAACCUUUGUAUUUGUUAUUACCCAUUUACUAAUGAAAGAAACUUUGCAUUUUGUUAAUUUUUGCGAUGUAGCGUAUAUAUCCGUUGAACAGUGUGAAUUGGUCUUAAGAUGAAAUCUAAAAGAUCUCUCAUCCCAUUCCUAUCUUUCAAA